AUGCCUUCCGACAAUAUUUACGCCAUGGUCGAUCCAGAAAUAUUCGCGGCAGUUCAGGAACAGAUCGAGAAAGAUAGUCAGGUUAAGGAAGUACUUACUCCCCACCACCGCCACCAUCAUCACCCCCUGGACAAGCAGAGUAGGCUCUGGGUAGUGCUAAAGUGUGUAGGAUAUCCGUGAGGCCUUGAAAACAAUUGAUAAAGAAGGUUUGCCCCCACAAGAUGACUACAACAUUUGACAGAGCUGAGCUAAUACAGCAACCGAUCUCAGUCCGACUAGUCACUUCCAUCUUGUCAAGGGUUCACAUCGUUCCCCCGGAGCACGGCAAUUCCUCCACACCCCUCCCCGCCCCCUCUCCUACAUCCGUAUGCUAGCUACGCGCAAUCACUAACGGGGGCAAAAGUUAUCGAACUGACCACCACCGCCGACGAAGGCUUCAAGCGCCUCCGCGACUGCAUUCAAGGCCUCGUUAACAUCGUCAAGGAUUACCCCUACUACAAGUACAAUGGCAUCUGGUCCAGGGAUAUACAGAACGUUGCAUUCUUGGUGCUAUUCCGGGGCUGGCUGCAGCGCAGCUACGCCCCUGGAAAUGCGGAGAAUAGCCUCUUGACGAUCGAGGAAGUUGGGAGCGUUCUGGGGAUUCCGGUGAAUUCGAAGACGGAGGACAAGUUUCAUCUAACUAUCGAAGAGUAUCUGCAUGCUGUACUUGGUCUUGUUGAGGAACUGGUAUCAUUUCUUUCUUUUACUCUUCCCUUUCUCCUUGUAGUGGGGGGUUUUUAACUAAUAUGGGGACGAAGACUCGUCUUACUACCAAUGCUGUUACUCAACAUGACUUUUUGCGUCCACAGAUGAUUAACAGAUUCAUCAAGGAUAUUCACUCUUCAUUCCAGGUCUUGAAUUUGAAGAAUGAUUCGCUCAGGAGGAGGGGAGAUGGGUUGAAGUAUAAUGUGAGUUUCCUUCAAAGUCGGCGCCUGUGGUAAUGCUGAUGAGUGGGGGUGCAGGUCAAGAAGGUUGAGGAGGUCAACUACGAUCUUAUCUUGAGGAACCUGAUUCCUAGAGGUGUCGAUGAGGAGGGAACCGAGAAAAUGGAGGAUGUCAAGGAGGAUGCCAAGGGACCAUCGGAACGGCUGGGGUAGCGUCGUGGUAGUAUUGAUUUUUAUAUCAAUAAACCCCUUUGCACAGAAUCAGAGCUAUCACGAUAGAACAG